ACGUUGAUAAAAUUAUUCCUCAGUGGCAUUUCAAAAGUUUGGUGUUCUCUUGUUAGGUUUUGAAAAACAAACGAGUAAACAUGAGUGCUAAAAUGCUUUUAAUUUUUGCCGUUGUGCUGCUUGUUGUUAUUGAAGACAGUUUUCAAUUCCCAAGACCUGGUGGCAACGGCGACGAUAGAGGACAUAAUGGAGGUGGCACAGGACAAGGUGGUGGUAACGGACAAGGUGGUGGUAACGGAGAUGGACGUGGUAAUGGAAAUGGAGGUGGUAAUGGAAAUGGAGGUGGUAAUGGAAACGGUGAUGAUAACUGCGAUAACAGUACCAGUACCACAGAAGGCACUACUGUAACACCUACUACUGAAACACCUACUACUGUAACACCUACUACUGAAACACCUACUACUGAGAGCAAUGACACAGAUGAAAAUUGCGAUGAAAAUUCCUCAGAAGAAAGUAGUGAAAAAUCUACUGAAAGAAACGUCACAGAUGAUAAUAGCGACGAAAAUUGCUCAGAAGAAAGUAGUGAAGAAUCUACUGAAAGAAACGACACAGAUAAUGGAAAUGGAGGUGGUAAUGGAAAUGGAGGUGGUAAUGGAAAUGGAGGUGGUAAUGGAAAUGGAGGUGGUAAUGGAAAUGGAGGUGGUAAUGGAAAUGGAGGUGGUAAUGGAAAUGGAGGUGGUAAUGGAAAUGGAGGUGGUAAUGGAAAUGGAGGUGGUAAUGGAAAUGGAGGUGGUAAUGGAAAUGGAGGUGGUAAUGGAAAUGGAGGUGGUAAUGGAAAUGGAGGUGGUAAUGGAAAUGGAGGUGGUAACAGUACCAGUACCACAGAAGGCGCUACAAAGCCUACUACUGAAAAAGCUACUACUUUAAAACCUACUACUGAAACACCUACUACUGAAAGCAAUGACACAGAUGAAAAUUGCGAUGAAAAUUCCUCAGAAGAAAGUAAUGAAAAAUCUACUGAAAGAAACGUCACAGAUGAUAAUAGCGACGAAAAUUGCUCAGAAGAAAGUAGUGAAGAAUCUACUGAAAGAAACGACACAGAUAAUGGAAAUGGAGGUGGUAAUGGAAAUGGAGGUGGUAAUGGAAAUGGAGGUGGUAAUGGAAAUGGAGGUGGUAAUGGAAAUGGAGGUGGUAAUGGAAAUGGAGGUGGUAAUGGAAAUGGAGGUGGUAAUGGAAAUGGAGGUGGUAAUGGAAAUGGAGGUGGUAAUGGAAAUGGAGGUGGUAAUGGAAAUGGAGGUGGUAAUGGAAAUGGAGGUGGUAAUGGAAAUGGAGGUGGUAAUGGAAAUGGAGGUGGUAAUGGAAAUGGAGGUGGUAAUGGAAAUGGAGGUGGUAAUGGAAAUGGAGGUGGUAAUGGAAAUGGAGGUGGUAAUGGAAAUGGAGGUGGUAAUGGAAAUGGAGGUGGUAAUGGAAAUGGAGGUGGUAAUGGAGAAGACGAUGAUAAUUGCGACGACAAUUCCUCAGAAGGCAGUAGUGACGAAUAACGACAGACGUAAAUGAGAAAAAUACUAAUGUGUUGUAUUUCUUAAAAUGUAUGUUUUCUUUUCAUAUUAAUUGUAUAUUUGAGAUACUUUUGUCAUAAUAAUAUAAUGAGGGCAUUAAA